CUGCCUCCUUCGUCAGUCACUCGAAUCACGCGCUUUACUUCAGUUUUCAGCUUCAGUGACGCAUCUAUGGAUGAUCUUGCUGAAGCCCGAGCCGAACUGACACUGUUGGAAGAGCAAGAACGGCAACUGUUCGAACGCCUUCGAAACGUUCGCACUGCUGUUCAGGUGCAGAGGAACAGGAUCGACCAACUUCUCAAGCACGUUACCAAACCCUCUAUUAACCGUCUUCCUAUCACAGUUCUUUACCAGAUAAUCCAUUUGGCAGACGAUGAAUAUGGUCUCCUGGAUGGUGCCCCACUACGCGCCAAGAGGCGGUUGGCUAGUGUGUCACGUCGUUGGAGAGACGUGAUUUUGACGUCUCCAGGUUUCUGGACCACUAUUGCGAUAUGUCCCUCAUGGUCUCCCUCUCUCAUGAGAGUGUACGUGAAGAGAAGUCGUGAAUGUCCACUCAACAUCCAAAUACGGUGGUGGCUUUCCCGGGACCAAUUGCCGAAGUUCUUUGAACUUCUUGGUCUCGUUAUCUCUUGUGGAUACCGCUGGCGUAGCCUCAUAAUUCAGAAUAACAACAAAGACGUGGAACAAGGCAUCAUCAAAAGCGUUUGGAACGUGAUGUUUCCCUCUUUGAAACAUGUCUCCAUAUAUGUGACACAAAAAUUGGACUAUCCACCAUUUUUGCAUUCGCGAAAUGCUCAUGCACUUGAAUAUUUGGACCUUGGGAAUAACAUCGGACUUGAUAACUUCUCGGUUGCUGCUAGCCUCAAAUCCCUUAGGCUGCGGUGUUCUCCAUUGACAGCACCUUUGCCAUCGAUAAUGUCACUUCGAAUGCUCACAAUGACUGGAUCAAGCUGUGGAGCCCUACCUCUUGACAGUAUCCACUUGCCACUUCUCGAGUCUCUGACGGUCAUGCUCGAGGAUCCCCAGUCAUUUUUGGCGGCCAUUGUGGCCCCAAACCUCGGUUAUUUCGCCUACUCGCCUCUGCAGCUCACCACCAGAUGGUCGGGAAUAUUCACGGACCUUUCGGAUAAGUUCCCAAACGUUCAGCAUCUCUGCCUUCGGCAUCCUAGGAGCUCUCUUAACGGUGCGGACAUUGGCGACGCUGCAGCUGUCUGUGCGACGUUUCCUGGUGUACAUCAUAUAGAAGUGAACGUGCCUGCAUUCCAGGCCUUUUGCUUAGCGGAACAGGAAGGUGGCACUCUGUCCAUUGCAGACCGCUGGACGCACCUCGAGCACUUGUCCCUCGAAAUGGUCGACCACAACCAUCCCGGAAUUAGGUUCGUGGAAUGGCUUCGCGCUCGAAGACUCGAGGGCCGACCCGCUUUGCAAGUGACAUUGUCGAAGUUCGAUGCUGCGCGUCUACCAAAUGGCCGAUGGUUGAUCUCAUUGUACAACUCGCUACAUGAGUAUUGCCUACUAGAAUUGAAGAACGUUCCACUGAUGUUUAAUUUGACUGUGCGCACAUCUGAUCCAACUUCUCUUCAUGACGUCUAUGGAAUCCUCCGACCAUGGGUAUCCUUGGAUGGCCAGUAGGCACUGAACUUGCAUGCGCAAGGACCAGGCCAAGGGUAGCCUGUACACUCACAUUUACCUGCUGUCCCCCAUUUUCACAUAUUAAGCAAGUCGUGUAUUCAGGCUCUAUGUUAUACUUUGUUUUCGCUGCGGCAGCGCACGGAACAUAUGAGCUUGGGAGUCAAAGCGACAGCCUAUGUCACAGGAAGCUAGUGACAAGCAGGCAGAACCUCGUAAACUUGUGAGGAUGUCCUUUUUUGUAAAUAGUAAAUCAUCGCCUGUACCUAUACUGCGUCACGCUCGACUUUCGAGCCCCAGGGACAUACUCACCCU